CGACGCACCAAUCACCAUACGAUUGCAGGUUCCCUUUUAAACCCUUAAAACGUAUUUUCCGGUUCUGUACGCAAUGCGUCUCCAUCGGAAUGAAACAGUACAGAGGGACACGGGCUUUGCUUUGAAAUGAACGAACGAAUGAAUGAAGAACUCUAAUUCGAAGGAAUCUCUUUAUGAAACUGGGUCUUUUUAAACAUGUACACCUGGCGGUGCUUCAUCGCCAUGAUCUUUGUGCUGGUUUGGUACUUUUCAGAGUUUGGACAAUUAUGGACACAGGCUUUCUUUGCUUUUUUAUGCUUUUUCAGUUUUCCUUUCAAAAAGCAAGACCGUGAAACAAGCACUCAGACGGAUCAUAUAAUUGAGGAAACCUCACGACAGACAAAGAAGGGUCAUCAUGUUGGUGAUGAGCUUGAUGCAACCAGAAUAGGACAAAUUGUGCCUCAGACAAAGCAAUAUCCAAAUGUACAGAGGUCAAUCCUGCAGGUGUUUAAAUGUGCCUAUGCUCAACUGGUCCAGCCCUGGUACACUGUCCCAGAACUUGGCGACAGUCAGCCCUUACAUCGGGAACUGCAGAGGGAGUUCAUCAUAAUUGUGGAGAAAAUCAUUUGCAAGGCCAAGGACUUUGAUCUCUCUACUGCUAGUGUGGGUUGCAUUCGUAUCUUCACAAAGCACCUUCACAGUGCGAAGCAGUCAGAUGGUUUCCCAGUAUUUAGCUCAAGGUCUGAGGAAAUGGCAGUGCUCAGAACCUUCUCUGAGGCUCUGGUGCGAAACUUUUUCCCUGAGUACCUCUGGGAACCAAAACUCUACCAGUGUGUCCUAACUGAGAUUCUGGCUACAAAAGCACUGGAUGUGCUUGUGACAUGCCUCUGUAAUCCAGACAACCUGAAUCAGAUGGUGGUUUUGCAGUUGGAUAGAGUAACCCCCAAAAACUCGAUUGGAGACUUGGUAAACUCUGACAGGGAAGGUACACCAUCCUGCAUAGGAAGUGACCAGGCAGAAGUAAUAAUGGAUACAGAGGAUGGUAGAUCUGAAGAAACCAGAGGAAAAAAGAAGGGCACUAGGAUUAAAGAAAGAUUUUCUAAAUUCGUUGAUAAGGUAAAGUUAAAGAAAACCAAAAAGAAACUCAAGAAGGAGCAAGAGCCUUUACAGAGGGCUUUAUCAGCACGUAGAUCUGCUGUUAUUGAGGAUGAUGAUGAUGAAGCAAGCAGCAGAGACGGCUCCAUCAAAAGCCACAUGGACUCUGAUAAUGACAGUGAUCUGGAUGUUUACUUAACAAGUCUCCAAGAGAACAUGAUGGAAUUUAAGCUUUCCUAUGAGAUGUGGCGAGUGGGGAAGUGGGCAGUCCGUGUUACUAAUGUUGAAAAGGAGAAUGAAGAGUUGUGUUUCACCAUUCACCUGGAGGAGAGAAAUAAUUUGGAGAAUCUCCACUGGGAUGUGAAAAAGACCCAGUCAGAUAUACUUCAUUUUCAUAGUCUCUGGCAGGUGAGAGAAGAAAUGGAUACAUCAACGUUACCCUCUAUAUCUGCAAUAGUAGAGAAACCGAAGAGGGAACUUGAUGACACAUAUAAAAAUGAAGUUAGAUCAGCCUUGGAACACUUUUUACAAGAGCUGGUUUCUGAUGCACAGCUUGGUCAUACUCAGCCUGUAUUCCAGUUCCUCUGCCCCCUUGCAAGAUUACUGAGUGAAGAGGAAGAUGAGGGAGGUGUGUGGGGACUUCUCAGUGGACUAGCAUGCUUCCUAACUCCUGGCCACGAUGAGGAAGAGACUCCUAACCCCAAACUGGAGGAAAAACUUGAAGCAGGAUCCACAGUCCAUCACGGUGCACAACCAGCCUGCUUUGACACAGAUGAAGAGCCAGAUUCUGGCAUUGUGGAAGAGCCGACGGCCACAAACUUGAGAUUUUGUACCCCCCAUGAAGAGACUGAACCCCUCAGAAUCGAAGAACCUCACAUGGAAGAUAAUAAUGAAAUCUCUAAUGAACCUGAAAUUAUUUCAGAUGGACAGGAGAGUAUUGUUGAGAGUUUGGACGUUUUUAAUAGGUCAAAAUUACUCAUUCCUACAAUACACUUUAAUGAAGGCUUGAGCUUGGUCAUGAGCAAUAAUGAGGGCUUAGAUUUUGAAAUGGUUGACCGGGGUAAAAGCCUCCAGUCUGGUGGCAAAACAAACAGAAAGGAAAAGUUAACUCACAAAAAGUCAAAUGGAUCACAAGGGAAGUUGAAAGGAAAAGAGAAAACGGGUCAACUCAAAGAAGACGCAACAAAUCAGCCACCGGUACAGAAAAAGGAAUCCAACCAGACCAACUGGGAGCAACUUGAGGCCACCAAAGCCAUAUUUGAUUUAUUAAAGGAAAUAACUGGCAACUCCGUCUUAAUUAAUAUUGUUGACACCAUUCUAAAACCUGUUAUGCCUUUGGUAAAGAAGAAAGUAAACAACUUUUUAAAAAGGAUGAAUCCCACUGAAGCUCAGAUCGCAUCCUCUAUUGACAAUCUCAGGGAAAUGAUGUGGCCAGAUGGAGACGUGCCUGUUCGGCCACCAUGUGACAGUGAGAAGAAACAUGAGACCAAAGAAAGGGCUUUGCAGCUCAUAAAUUCAAAAUAUUCAAACUCACUAAUCCUCAAGAAGACUGAUGUGGAAACUGUGUUUAAGAUCUUUCAGGACCCGGAGGAGAACAAGAAACUUGUUUAUAUGCUGCUCUCUUAUGUCUUAAGGGAGUUUCUGCCUGGAGAGCCUGCCUUCACUACAAUAGAUAACCUAACUGUGAAGGAUUUUGUUUCAUAAUAGGAAAUCAUCUUUUUAAGAAUCUUAUUUUAAAUUAAGAUUAAAUUAUUUAAUAUAUUUUUAUUCAUAUUCUUCAAAGAUGCAUUCUGAUAUAAGUGAGGAUUUCACUUCCCUAAGCAGCAUGAAAACUCAAAUGUUUAUUUAUAUUUACAUUUACCGAAAUUGAUAACCCUUGUUACUUAAGCAUUUUAUGUUCCAUGUCAACAAUAUGCCACAAUAACUCUGGUUUGAUUUUAAAAUUCUCUUUAAAAAAUGACCACUGUAUUUGUAAUUUCACUCUUUGUUUUGUAUCUUAAAAUUGUACACUUUGCAACACAAACAGUAAUUACUCCGGAUCAAGAAGACAAAAUCAUCAUGACAUUGACCACGACUAUUUUCUAUGAGACUUCUUAAUAACCAAUAGAAGGUCUAAAUUGAAUGUAU